ACACCACGCUCACAAAAAGCUCUAGAUAACAUGCUCGGGGUGCAGCAGCAUGGCCGGCAGCGGCACGGCAUCUCGAAGCCACCGCCGGCGAAGAAGGGGAAGGCGGCGGCGAGGAAGUACAAGCCGCCGCAAUGCCCUGGCGCCGUGAGGGUGGUGUACAUAGCCAGCCCCAUGAAGCUGACGGCGAGCCCCGAGGAGUUCCGCGCCGUCGUGCAGGAGCUCACCGGCCGCCACUCCAACAUCGCCGACCGUCACUACGUUGACUCCACCAUUGAUCUCCCGCCGCCGCCGCCGCCGCCUCCAGCAUACUGUGCCAGUUAUGCUGCGUCGGCCACGGCGGCGGCGCCUCCCGUCGCAGCUGUACCACCGCCGGUGCUGACUCCGCCGUUGCCGCCGCAAACAUUUCAGUCGUAUGAUCACGGCGGACAAGGGCACCGCUGGUAGACAACACUAUUACUCCUAAUUAGUAGAUGAAUAAUAAUGUAUAUAUAUGGAGGUUAAAUUAUAUUAUUAUCUAGGAAAUCAAUUGAAUUCACUCAUAGUGAAAUAAUUAAGUUUUGUCUAGUUGAAACUGCAGGGCUGUAAAAUUAUUGUAUAUGAAGGUUUGCAAAUUAUUAUAUUAGUAUUAUUUUUUCGGUCA